AUGCCUUCUUUUGCGGAUAAUCACAGUGGCUUUGUGCUGCCCAACGCGCGCUUCAACCCGGCCGCGCAGACGCCGAGCUGCUCGGGUCUGCUCACACCACCCGAGUCGCCCAAGUCUGGCUACGCACAGCUGGCGAUGCCAAAAUCUACCCAAUUUACGGCUCCUACUCACGAGUAUCGAAAUCUGUCGCCGAGCUCGAGCUUGGGAAGUCUGGAGCCCGAAGCGCAGAGCGCGCAGCACGACUUGUCGCGUGUCUCCGAGACCAUCUACACCAUCAUCGAGCAAGUCAUCGAGCAAAAGCUAGCGGAAGCCAUGGGGCCGCUGCGGCUCAACGUGAGACGGCUGGACUCGGAGAGCCUCGAGUUUCACGAACAAAAUGAUGCCUUGGGAAAACAGAACGAUGCCCUGGAAAGCCAAGUUCGCCGUCUGCGAUGCCUGGAAGACCAAGCCAACGCGCAAUUACGCACUGUGCAAAAGAUCUCGGCGAUCACACUCAGUAGCUUGGAGCUCAUCUCUGAUAUCGUGGCAAAGCUCCCAGACACAAAUACUUUCCUUCAAAACGCCCAUGUGAUCAACGAACAGCAGACCACGUUCCGACCUGCAUCAUCUGCGUCGCAUCAGCGCCAACAACACUACCAUAUCCAGCCACAAUUUUGCUUUGAAUCUCGAACCGCGAAAAGGCAUCACCAGUCGCACAAAAAGUCGAAGAAGCCGAGACUGGUAAACUACAUGUUGUCCAAAUGGAGGACCGGAGGGGCCGGCGACUGA